GACGGCGCAAGCUGACGCCCGGAAGUAUAGGUUAUGUUUUCAAUAUGUCAUUAACUUUUCAAUUUUAAAAAAUUGUAGCGUUAUUAUUUCAUUAUUAAAAUGAAUACGAUUGAAAGGGACCCUAACAAGCGAAAAGUUAAGCCUGUAGAUCCAGGAGAACAAGCAUGUGUUUUAGACUUUGAUGAAGAAAGUUCUGAUGAUAGUGAUUUUAGAAUUGAAGAUCAUCCAGAAGUGAGUGAUGAUGAUGAGGACUCUUUGGACAGUCAAGGUGAAGGUAAUGGUGCUGAGGUUAGCGAAGAUAAUGAAGAUGAAUCUGAAGAUUCCGAUUUAGAAAUGUUAAAAGAUGUUAAUCAACCCAAAACAAAUGGUAUGGAAAGAUCUGUUGCUGAUGUGAUAGAACAAGCAGCCAAGUCUAAAUUGAAGUUUAAUGAAAAGGAUGCCCAGAUAAUGAUCUGUUGUGGAUGCCUUGGAGACCAAAGUGAUGGAGUCAAUGAGAUUGUUGAAUGUGAUGGUUGUGGAGUCACUGUACAUGAAGCUUGUUAUGGUGUUUCUGAUUCUAACAGUGUAUCCAGUACUGACUCACUGUCACCAACAACUCCUUGGUUCUGUGAAUCAUGCAAAGCAGGUAUUACUGAACCAGUGUGUGAACUAUGUCCGAACUCAGGAGGGAUCUUCAAAGAAACUGAUGUUGGGAAAUGGGUGCAUCUGGUCUGUGCCCUCUAUGUACCAGGAGUAGCCUUUGGGGAGGUAGAUAAAUUAACCAGCGUCACUUUGUUUGAGAUGCCUUACAAUAAGUGGGGUACAAAGACUUGUUCGUUGUGUGAAGAUGAUCGUUUUUCCAGAACUGGUGUUUGCAUUGGAUGUGAUGCGGGAAUGUGUAGGACUUACUUUCAUGUCACAUGUGCUCAAAAAGAGGGAUUCCUAUCUGAAGCUCAUUCGGAAGAAGUCGACCAAGCUGAUCCCUUCUAUGCCCAUUGUAAAUUACAUUCAGACAAAACGUUAGUAAAAAGGAGGAAACGAAACUACAUGGCGUUGCAGCUAAGGACACAAUAUAGGAAGUAUCAGUUUGAACAGGAAGGCCAUAAAGAUAGUCCCGAACAAAUAAGGAUAAAGAGAAAACUAGAGAAACAGACUGUUCAUUAUUUAAGCCAUAAAGGACUAAAGCCACCACCAUGGGUGCCGACCCAGAAAAUGCCUCGCCUACUCACCACCAGUGCCUCGGCAUGUAGGAAACUUUUAAGGAAGGCUGACUUGAUGGGUAUUAACACAGUCGUAUUAGAGAUGCAAGAAUCGCAAACGGUAGCAUUAGCUGAUAUUAGGAAAAAAUGGCACAUUCCACCUGCGUUCACAGUAGAAUUCAUAGCGUACUUUUUAGAUAGAAACGAUAGGCUAAAAGACAUGAAAGCUAGUGUGGACAAGUAUGCGGAAGAAAAUAAGGAUUUGUUAAAAGAACAACAGGAAUUAAGGACUAAGUAUGAUGAGGUGUUAAAGAAAAGUAACGAUUUAAUAGCGAAGAAUAAUGACUUGAAGCAAAGCAUCCACAAAUUUCAUUCGGCAAUACUCAGCGCAUGUCCUACAAAGAAUCUACCAAGCAUCGAUGAUUUGGGUAAGCCCGUUUCAAGCAGGACACCACAACCUAUGAUGGUACCGACGGCAGCUGCCUUGAAGAUGGGCGUAGGAUUUCCAUUGCAGAAUAUACCAUCUGGGCGUACUGAUCGAGUUUUGAGUAGUCAUGCUAACAAAGAUCCCCUGCAAUUGAACGAAUGUGGAACGUGUCGACAACGUCGAGACCAACAUCUUCUAGCGAAAUGUGACACCUGCCAUCUCUAUUAUCAUUUGGACUGUCUCAAUCCACCUCUAAGCCGUUUACCGAAAAAAUCUAAGCUCUACGGUUGGCAGUGUUCAGAAUGCGACAAAACAUCGGAUUCUGAAGUAGAAGAAUUAAAAACUCCCAGAAGAAGUAGGAGUAUCUACAGCAAUAGUGAUUCUUUGUUUAGGGAAAGUAAGUCAGACCAAGACAUCUCCACGCCAAAACUGAAGAUCAAAUCGGUCGAUUCCUCGGCGGAAAGCGCUGAAAAAGAAAGAUCUAAAUCUCGCGAUUCAUCUCCAUCCAAGAAAAAAACCUAUGCGAAUAUAUUCGCCGAAUUAGCCGAAAUGAACGGUGUCCAGGUUGUCUUAGACAACGGUUACGAGGGAAGUCACAAAUCGGCUAAGAAACGCCGAAGAGAAAAGCACAGAAGUAAAAGUUCAGGGUCGCCGGAUGCUAGCAGGGAGCAUAAGAGAAAGAAGAAGAAAAAGGAGAGUCAGGAGGUAGAAGAGCCGUUACCACAUCCGAGAAUCACUAUCAAGAUUAAACCCAUACCUCUACCAGCCGGAGAAGUCGCCUCAGAAUCCAAUCCUCAGUGUUUUUAUGUUCCCAACGAAGCAGAUGAUAAUGCUCCUCCACCGCUACACCCAGUUAAGAUGCCAAAAGUGGAAAAGAGGGAAGUGAGAAAAAUACGAAGUCCUAGAGUCUCUGAUGCCAGCAGAUCUCCGGAGAAGUCACCAGAAAAGGUGAAGUCCCCUGUGACUAGUCCUCCGAAGAAAACCGCAGCUCUUGGUGGAAACCUUUGUGAUGUCUGUCGCGGUGAAGGAGCUCCCAGUAACUCAGUCAAGUGUGACGAAUGCCAGAAAAAUUACCAUUUUGCUUGUUUGGAUCCUCCUCUGAAGAAAACUCCAAAAAUAAGAGGCUACUCCUGGCAUUGCGCAGAUUGCGAUCCUACAGGAUCUGAAUAGUGUGGUGAAGAUUUUAAGUAUUUAUAAAAUACAGUUGCUGUAUUAUGAUAUUGAGAUAAAUAUAUAGUUCUAUAAGU